AUGAAGAAACUUCUUCAAGCUCCGAAAAGCUUCUUCUUGAAUUCAACAUCUUCCAGAGUUUGCAAUGGCCAAUCCAUAACACAAUUCAAUGAAUCAUUGGUUCCAUCAUCAUCAUUACUAUCUAGAUUGAAAUCAUCAGUUUCCGUUCAACGAAAUUUUCAUUCCGAUCAAAUUUGCAAUGCUCCUACCAUCAAACCCAUCAAUGAAAAUGAAUUUUACAAAUUUUCAAGAGACUUUGCAAUAGCAUCUGCAAAAGCCUCUCAACAAAUUGAUAGCAUUUUCAGAGUGCCAAAUAAACAGAAUGAUGCCAAGAAGGAGAAUGCUAUUCGAUCGUAUAGUCAAAUGAUGCUCGGAUUGUACUUGUUUCACUGGCUUUCAACGGGUGGUGAUAAACUGAAGGAACCCUCCAUGGCAAAAGCUAUAUCAAUGCUUGAUCAAGUGUCACAAUUACAGAGUGGAACAGAACAAAAUAUUAGAGAAAGAGAAGAAAUGGCUCGAGAAUUUGCCAAUGCCUUCUCUUCGAAUGACGCUGAGAUUGAACGCUUAAAAAAGCAGAGCGUCGAUGAGAGACAAAAUAUUCUGAGAGCUGGCUCUUUGCUUGUGGCAUAUCCAUUCCUUAAAGGCCAAUUCACCAGAGAUUUCAUUCAAGAGGCCAACAAUGCCAAUAAUCCUCAAAUCAUUCAAGCCAGCGAUUUUGAAUUGAAAAUUAAUCCUCAAAAUAUUGGCGAAUCGUUUAAGGAAGCUACUGAGAAGGUCAAAAAAUUAUCCGAAUUUUUCAUGAAUGAUACUUUUAAAAAAGCUCAACAAGCAAGCUCAGCCACAGAUUCAUUGCUUCAGGAGAACAAUCGUGAUGCCAUCUAUCACUACAAUUAUUUAUUGUUGACCAUUCUAUAUCAGAAACAUAUUCUCGCUCAAAUGACCAAGCUUAAAAAGAAGGACCUUGCAAGUAUGAACAGUGAUGACAUUACAGCUUUCAUUGAGGGUGCCUCUGCAGCCGAGUAUGCAAUUGCCAUUGCAGGAAAUCCAUAUGACAAACUUUUAAUGGCAGCUGUGAGCAAUUUACACAUUCAUGCUGUCUGA